AUGAUCACAUCAGAAACAUUCCAAUACCAACUGCAACAUGUACUUGUGCCCCUGCUACGACGUUGGUCGCGAUGCUACAGGCUAAACAUUGCGCCCAAGGAUCGUGUCACUGCCUUUGUUAGCCAACCAUUCAAGCCAAAUCAUUUUUUAGAAAUUCAAAUACAGUACUCGUCUAUAUAUCAAGAACCACAGCUCACAUUCAGAAUAUGGGAAAUUUACACCGUGGAUGAUGUAGAAUAUCAGCGACCGUGCUUUCCAACUGAUCUGUCCCAUUGGCUGAACAUGCAAGAAUUCACUGUUCGUCUUGAUUAUUUACAUCCGUCUGAUCGCAACGUCUGGUACAGCGUUCAUGGGUGUGACACUGCAGAGACUGUGGGCAGCCAAUUGGAUCAUUACCUGCAACGCUGGGCGUCUGUUUACUUCACAAUCUUCGACUUUGAGUUUUCCAGGGUGUUUGUAUAA